CUGUUCCAAAAACUUUGCAAAAAGUUAACGCUUUGCAGAGACCUGAAACCGGAAAAUCUACUGCUAGACAGAGACGGGCACGUCGUACUUACCGAUUUCGGUUUAUGCAAAGAAAAUAUUAAACCAUCCGAUACAACAGAAACAUUCUGCGGAACACCAGAGUACUUAGCUCCAGAAAUUGUACUCAAGCAACCGUACGACCAAACUGUCGACUGGUGGUGUCUCGGCUCCGUGCUUUACGAAAUGCUCACUGGAUUGGUCAUCGACUUGCGCAGUCCUCAUUACUCCCAAGAACGGAAAAUCCUUGUAAAACCAUUACAAACAAGUUCUCAAAUAUUCCAGCUUUUGGAUAAAGACUGCACAAGUCGACUUGGCGCGAAGGGCGAUUUUGGCGAAGUCAAAUGCCAUCCAUUUUUUGCACAGAUCGAUUUUGAGAAGCUCGAAAAGAAGGAAAUAAAACCACCGUAUGUGCCACGUGUAAACGGUGAAAUGGACCUGUCACAGAUAGAUCGUGAGUUCACCUCCCAGCAACCAAAUUCAGAAUCACUGAUUCCAUCAAAGACGUACGAGAUGCAUCGAGGGGACGUUGAUUUUCAAGGAUUCAGUUUUGCUUCUUGA